UUUUUGUUAUACAAAACAUGAUUACUAAGGAAUUCAUGAAAUUAUGAAAAAACAUGGGGAAAGCGAACUAAAUAGUGCCUAAACAAUUUGCCUUGAAAAUAGACAAUUAGACGUAAGAGUCGCAUUUUGAGAGGGAUUACUGUAGAAAUAUCAUAGUUAGCGCUUAAUGAAUUUAAAUUCGCGAAAUAACAUUGUAAACACAUGAGCGUCUUUUUGUGAUUGGAUCAAACUGUGUGUUAAAUUAACGCUCCUCCCUGUGUCCAUACAACAUGGAUAAGAUUUCUGGUUCUGUACCCAGAGGUCCCAGGUUCAAGUCUUGUUAACAUGAAGCGGUGGCUUAUGCUGCUAUGAGUGUCCUUUCUUGUCAAACACCAGAAGGAAUUGCUCUAUGACUGAACAUUUCCGACCUGAUUAUAAGUCAGGCUAAUCUGUAACAAGUUUGCACUCGUACUCUGUAAUAUUACCAAUAAAAAUUUCAUUUUCUUGAUCAUCACAGCCUGAUUUACUUGAAUGUUUUCUUUAUAAAUUACUAUACCAACCCGAAUUAUGUCAGAUUCACAAUGAAGCUUGAAAGUAAAAUCUUGUUUUGGUUUAAAAAUAGGAUGUUAAAUGUUUAAAUCUUAGUGUUUGUAUUUUUCUCAAUGUUUAUUUUAAUUUUAUCACUUUAAAAGAUUUUCAAUCAUUAAGUUUACAUUCCAGUUAUGGCUCAUUGGACAGAUUAUACAACUCGAGGUUGGUUAGCUUUUUUAUCCUUCAUGCAUGUGGGAACUGCAUUUCGCUGCUUUACGGAUCGUGAUUUUCUCAGAACCAAAAUUUUUACCUCCACGACUUAUAAAAAUGAUAUUACGUUUGAUCACCUAUUUGGUAUUUAUUCCAUUAUCAAUGCCAUCAUUCUCAUUCAAUCGUCAAUCUAUCUCUAUGUUUAUCCUGUCACGCGAUUAGUGAUAUGUGCUAUUCUUGCAUAUGUUAGCCUGUUUACUGUCGAAUCUUUUGUUUACAAGACAAUUCAAAUCCAGCAAACGACUCUAUUCCCAUUUGCAUUCAGUGGUUUAGCUCUCGUAUGGAUUAUUACGUUUCAUUAUAUAUGGAAGCCAUGGCAAAAUUCAGGAGACUUGGUAGAGGUUGAAAAAGAUGCUUAUAUCAAAUUCGGAUUACCAAUCAAGAAGCCAAUUUCAAAGAAAAUAUUGAAACAAAAGUGAUAAUUUAAAAUUGAUAUCAACCUGGAGUUAUCAUUCUUUACGCUAUCAAGCCCAGCCUUUAAAAUUUUCUUGAGGUUAACUAAUUAUAUAUGUUUGCUGAUCAUAGAUCUCGUCCUUUUAAUCUCUGAUCUUAAGUUAAAUUUAAAUGUUACUCGCUAUGGUGAUUGAAAAAUAGAUUUCUGACGAAACAAACAUAUCAUGAUCCUCGUGGAUUCUGGAUUCUGGACUAUCAUUCACAUCUAAACUAUUGAACUUACUUUUGAGACCAAACCAAAUCGAUUUAAUACUUUUGCGUAUUUCUACAAGUAUAAACGAAAAAAAGUAAGAUACAGCCAUUAACUCUGAAUCGGGCUAUUCAGUAAACCCUGUUUAGUGUUAGUGCAAUCUUUAUUAUUGACAAACUGAAUACAAAUUGUUCAUGACCAAUCAAAACAAAAUUAUUUACUGUACAGAAGAUCAAUACAAAAUCUCACAAAAAAUCUUGUAACUUAAGUAAAUACUGAACAAAAUUCACCAAUUUACCAAAGACAAAAACUCUAGACUAAUCUGGAUUUUAAAGCUAUUUAUUGUCAUAAAUAAAAUCGUAAUAAAUAUAAUAA